AUGGCUUCAUCUUCUCUACUCUUAACCGAACUCAAUUUUCUCACUCCACAAAUCACACCAAAACGUCGUCGUUCUCUCACUACACUCCGCUCUAUACAUUCCGUUUCAAAGUACAAAUUCAAUGUUACUCGAAUUCGCGCUGUCAAGGAAGAAAGUGCAUUGAUCGAAGAAAGAGUGAGCGAUGUGAAGUGGAGUAGAAACGGAGCUGCAACGAGUAUUGUAAACGGUAAAAACGGUUCCGUUAGAGGUUACGUUAACGGUAGUGAAAAGGGAAGCUUAGUGAAAUACGUGAAUGGAAAUGGUGUGGCGGCGGAAGUUGUUGAAGAUUUUGUUGAAACCUCGAAGCGGAAGGAAGUUGGGAGGAAGAAGAGGUUGGAGGAGAUUGGAAAAGAAGACGCGUGGUUCAAACGAAACGGUGAAGCACAAGUUGAGGUGGCGGUUGCGCCUGGUGGUCGUUGGAGCAGGUUCAAGACAUACUCGACGAUACAGAGAACAUUGGAAAUUUGGGGAUUUGUUAUUGCUUUUGUCUUCAAGUCUUGGUUGGAUCGUCAGAAGUUCUCUUAUAAAGGAGGAAUGACCGAGGAAAAGAAAACCUUAAGGCGAAAGACUCUUGCCAAAUGGCUGAAAGAAAGCAUUCUCCGGUUAGGUCCUACAUUUAUCAAAAUUGGUCAGCAAUUCUCCACAAGAGUCGACAUUCUCCCUCAAGAAUAUGUUGACCAGUUGUCGGAACUUCAGGAUCAAGUUCCUCCAUUUCCCUCGGAGACUGCUAUGGCUAUUGUUGAGGAAGAGCUUGGAGCUCCUAUAGCUGGCAUAUUUGAUCAGUUUGACUAUGAGCCAAUAGCUGCUGCAAGUCUUGGUCAGGUUCAUCGUGCGAAAUUAAGGGGGCAGGAGGUUGUUAUCAAGGUUCAAAGGCCUGGUCUGAAGGGUCUUUUUGAUAUUGAUCUUAAAAACCUAAGGGUUAUUGCUGAAUAUCUUCAAAAAAUUGAUCCUAAAUCAGAUGGUGCAAAGAGGGAUUGGGUUGCUAUUUAUGAUGAGUGUGCUUCUGUUUUAUAUCAGGAGAUUGAUUACACCAAGGAAGCUGCUAAUGCUGAGCUAUUUGCAAGCAACUUUAAGAACAUGGAUUAUGUGAAAGUUCCUUCAAUUUACUGGGAUUAUACCACCCCACAGAUUCUGACAAUGGAGUAUGUUCCAGGGAUUAAAAUAAAUAAAAUACAAGCUUUAGAUCAGCUGGGUGUUGACCGCAAAAGGCUGGGGAGAUAUGCUGUUGAAUCUUACUUGGAGCAGAUUCUCUCACAUGGUUUCUUCCAUGCCGAUCCUGUAUGUUAUUCUUUCUAG